AUGUUUGCGCCUGUUGCAAAACAUGACACAAUCAAGAUGAUUUUGGGAUUGGCGUCUCAAAAUGGAUGGAUUGGUGAAGAGCACAAGGUGUAUAGAUUGAAAAAGACAUUAUAUGGAUUGAAACAAGCGUCAAGAGCUUGUGUGGCUAUGUUUAAGCAAUUUAAGGAAUCCAUGAUGAAGGAGUUUGAUAUGACUGAUUUAGGAAGAAUACAUUACUUCCUCGGAUCAAUGGUUAUCCAAUCUAGUGAUGGGUUCUUCAUUUCUCAAAGGAAGUAUGUGCAAGAUUUGUUGAUCAAGUUUCAGAUGGAGAAGUGCAACCCGAUUUGUACACCAAUCCAUCCUAGCUUGAAGUUAGAUAAGGAUCCAGAUGGCAAGGUUGUAGAUGGAACUUACUAUAAGAAACUAGUAGGAAGUUUGAUGUAUCUCAGAACAACUCGGCCAGACAUAAUGUAUGCUGUCAGCCUUAUUAGCAGAUACAUGGACAAUCCUAAACAAUCUCACCACCGAGCUGCUAACCACAUUUUGAGGUAUUUGCAAGGCACAAUCAGUCAUGGUUUGCUGAUAAAAGGGAAGGAAGUUCACUGA